CUCGCCCGAGGCCACGCCCACUCGGCCCGCAAGGGCUGCCGGGACGGCUCCCAUCUUUGAGCGCUUUGAGCCAGCCGGCGGCGCUGCGAAGUGGAGACGUUCGGUCGUUGUUAGUGAUCCUGUGGCGCGCUUACGGGGCCCGGACCUUAAAGAUAGCCACAAUGGCUGAAAACGGUGAUAAUGAAAAAAUGGCUGCCCUGGAAGCCAAAAUCUGUCAUCAAAUCGAGUAUUAUUUUGGAGACUUCAAUUUGCCACGAGACAAAUUUUUAAAGGAACAGAUCAAAUUGGACGAAGGCUGGGUACCUUUGGAAAUAAUGAUAAAAUUCAACAGGUUAAACCGCCUAACAACAGAUUUUAAUGUAAUAGUGGAAGCUUUGAGCAAAUCUAAGGCAGAACUUAUGGAAAUCAGUGAAGACAAAACUAAAAUCAGAAGAUCUCCAAGCAAACCCCUCCCAGAAGUGACCGAUGAGUAUAAAAAUGAUGUAAAAAACAGAUCUGUUUAUAUUAAAGGCUUCCCAACUGAUGCAACCCUUGAUGACAUAAAAGAAUGGCUAGAAGAUAAAGGUCAAGUGCUGAAUAUUCAAAUGAGAAGAACAUUGCACAAAGCUUUUAAGGGAUCAAUAUUUGCUGUGUUUGAUAGCAUUGACUCUGCUAAGAAGUUUGUAGAGACCCCUGGACAAAAGUACAAAGACACAGAUCUGUUAAUACUUUUUAAGGAAGAUUACUUUGCAAAAAAAAAUGAAGAAAGAAAGCAAAAUAAAGUAGAAGCUAAGUUAAGAGCUAAACAAGAGCAAGAAGAAAAACAAAAGUUAGCAGAAGAUGCUGAAAUGAAAUCUCUAGAAGAAAAGAUUGGAUGUUUGCUGAAAUUUUCAGGUGACUUAGAUGAUCAGACCUGUAGAGAAGAUCUGCACAUCCUCUUUUCAAGUCACGGUGAAAUAAAAUGGAUAGACUUUGUCAGAGGAGCAAAAGAGGGAAUUAUUCUCUUUAAAGAAAAAGCCAAGGAAGCACUGGAGAAAGCCAAAGAUGCAAACAAUGGUAACCUACAGUUAAGGAACAAAGAAGUGACUUGGGAAGUACUGGAAGGAGAGGUGGAAAAAACAGCUUUGAAAAAAAUCAUAGAGGACCAACAGGAAUCCCUAAACAAAUGGAAGUCGAAAGGUCGCAGAUUUAAAGGAAAAGGAAAGGGUAAUAAAGCUGCCCAGCCUGGGUCUAAAGGAAAAGUACAGUUUCAGGGCAAAAAAACGAAAUUUGAUAGUGAUGAUGACCGUGAUGAAAAUGGUGCAGCAGGAACAGUGAAAAGAGCAAGAGAAGAGACAGACAAAGAAGAGCCUGCAUCAAAGCAACAGAAAACAGAAAAUGGUGCCGGAGACCAGUAGUUUAGUAAAUACAUUUUUUUUUUUUUUAAUUCAUUGUAGUUAGGUUUUAAGCUGCUUUUUGUCUUUGAAAGCUUUUAAAAAGAAAACCGAAUUAGGUCCACUUCAAUGUCCACCUGUAAAAAGAAAAAUUUUUUUGUUGUUUAACUUGUCUUUUUUUUUUGUUAUCAAAGUGAGGGUUUUUUUUUUUGUUUUUGUUUUUGUUUAAAUGUAUAGUUCUGUUUGUGUUCAGAGGAUUCAAAUAUCAAAUGGAAGAUUCUUCCACUCAAUUGCCUUUGUAAUAUGAAAAUGUAUUACUACAAACUAAUAAAAUAUAUGCUAUAUAAAAAAGAACAAAAA